GAGCCCGAGAAGCCGCUGCGUCCGCGGGGGUGGGGGGUGGGGGCGGGAGAAGAGGAUCACCUCCCUCCCCCCCCCCGCGCCCCAGCAGGCCCCCAAGUCCAUCCAGGGAUCCCGGGCAGCCCUCCCCAGCCUGGAGACGAGAUCCACAAUAGGACUGGCGGUCCCCGCCCUACUGGAGCCGCUCUCCUGGAUUACACCUGCGGGUGGAUAUCCCCCUCCUCCCCCCGCCCUACUUCAUUCUGCAGGGAGAAGCCCCUCCUUACUCCCCGCGGUCCCUCGGGGAUCCCAACUGCUCCCGCUGCUAGGAGGUGCUUGGGGGAGAGCCUCCUCCCCCUUACUCCUCCUCCCUCAUCCGCCCAAGGGGCAGCAGAUGGGCUGGCAGGAGCUCCGCAGCCACCCCUCCCCACUGUAAGCACCCUGCGCCCAGAGCUUCGGCCGGGCGCCCAGGGGACCAGGGCUAGGGGAGAGAAGGAGGGGGUGUGGAGGCGCUGCUCCCUGGCCCCGCCCCCUCGGGGCGUCCACAGACGGGUCGGGCCUUGACCGGAGGGCCUGGAUGCUCUCCCGGUGAAGCCGCGGGAGACUAGCAAGUGCCCCCCACGUCCCCCUGCCUCACUUCAUGCAGACCUCGGUGUGGCCCCCCCGGGGGGGCGCCGCGUGCACUAGAACUCGGGCGACCUCCGACCCGGAUGAGGAGCCCCCCGAAACCUCUAGGCUUCUGCGGGUCUCCAGUGAGACAGUGUGGCUGAGCCGGCGGCGGCAGCCGGGACCCGUCGUGUACGUCCGGGAGGAGAGUGAGCUCCAUGUGCGCAGUCUGGCCUCGACCCGAGGACCAGCUGGUCCAGUGGUGAGCAGCGCGCGGGGCUGCCUGAGCCGCCAGAGCAGCGGCGCUUCGGAUGGCGUGCCCGACGGCGGCGGCAGGCAGGUGAGCCGCCUGCCAUGCGCGGUGGCCGGAAACUGGACCCCGGAGCCCCGACAGCUACAGAUCUCCAUGACGUCCUCGGUGAUUGGCGCCUCUGAGAGGCGGCCCGAGGUUGCCCCACCGCAGCCCCUGGCCCAGACCGAGGACAAGCCCCCUCCCAAGGGCAGGCCAGAGGAGCAGUGGGUCACCUCGGCGUUCCCUCCCCUGAGCCACACGAAGAGCAAGCCGCUCCCCCCGACGCCCCCUGCCCCAGCCUUGCCCGGGGACAGGCUGCUCACACAGACGUUCCCUCCCCUGCCUUUGCCCCAGGACGGGCCAGUCACCCCGAUGCCCGAGCGGCUCCCCGCCAUCCCCCUUCUCCAGGCCAGGAGAGAGGACAAAGCUGAGAGACCCCAGGCACGGCCAGAGGAGCAGCCAAUCAACGUGCUCGACAUGAAGAAAAGCUUCGAGGCUGCCAGGGUGCGCCCACCAUCCGCACCCCCAGCCCGCAGAGACACCAUGAGGCGAGUGGUACGGCAGAGCAAGUUCAGACACGUGUUUGGCCAGGCCGUGAAGAAUGACCAGUGCUAUGAUGACAUCCGGGUCUCUCGAGUCACCUGGGAUAGUUCCUUUUGUGCGGUCAACCCCCGAUUUGUCGCCAUCAUUGUGGAAGCGAGUGGGGGCGGGGCAUUCCUCGUGCUGCCCUUGCACAAGACUGGCCGAAUCGACAAGUCCUACCCAACAGUAUGCGGCCACACAGGCCCCGUGCUCGACAUCGACUGGUGUCCACACAACGACCAGGUCAUUGCCAGUGGUUCGGAAGAUUGCACAGUGAUGGUAUGGCAGAUCCCAGAAAAUGGCCUCACUCUGUCCCUGACUGAACCCGUGGUGAUUUUGGAAGGCCAUUCCAAGAGAGUUGGCAUAGUGGCCUGGCAUCCAACCGCACGCAAUGUUCUGCUCAGUGCAGGUUGUGAUAAUGCCAUCAUCAUUUGGAACGUGGGAACAGGGGAAGCCCUCAUCAACCUGGAGGACAUGCAUUCAGACAUGAUCUAUAAUGUCAGCUGGAAUAGAAAUGGCAGUCUAAUAUGUACGGCCUCCAAGGACAAGAAAGUGAGAGUCAUUGAUCCUCGGAAACAAGAGAUCGUGGCUGAAAAGGAAAAGGCACAUGAAGGAGCUCGGCCCAUGCGAGCCAUCUUUUUGGCAGACGGCAAUGUCUUCACCACUGGUUUCAGUCGCAUGAGUGAGCGGCAGCUGGCCCUCUGGAAUCCGAAAAAUAUGCAAGAACCUAUCGCCCUGCACGAAAUGGACACCAGCAAUGGAGUGUUACUGCCGUUCUAUGACCCUGAUACCAGCAUCAUCUAUUUAUGUGGGAAGGGAGACAGCAGCAUCCGCUACUUUGAGAUCACGGAUGAAUCCCCCUAUGUCCACUACCUCAACACUUUCAGCAGCAAGGAGCCCCAGAGGGGAAUGGGCUACAUGCCCAAGAGAGGGCUCGAUGUCAACAAAUGUGAGAUUGCCAGGUUCUUCAAACUCCAUGAGAGGAAGUGUGAGCCCAUUAUCAUGACUGUUCCAAGGAAGUCUGACCUGUUCCAGGAUGACCUGUAUCCAGACACAGCGGGCCCAGAGGCCUCUCUGGAGGCAGAGGAGUGGUUUGAGGGGAAGAACGCUGACCCGCUCCUCAUUUCCCUGAAACACGGCUACGUUCCUGGCAAGAAUCGUGAUCUCAAGGUGGUCAAGAAGAACCUGCUGGACAACAAGCCCUCAGCCAACAAGAAAGUUGGCCUGAUAGGCCCCGCCAAGGGGGUGGCUGAUGGAGUGGGCACCAUGCAAAAUGAAGCCAAGCUGGAUGAGAUCUUAAAAGAGAUUAAAUCCAUCAAAGACACUAUCUGCAAUCAAGAUGAGCGCAUUUCCAAGUUGGAGCAGCAGAUGGCCAAGAUCGCCGCGUGAAAGGUGGGGACGCAGGCAGGAGAGCCGGGGCUGCGCCAGGGAGGAGACUGCCAACUGGCCCCUGUGUCCCGGCCAGCCGCCAUUGAAAAAGUGGAGCUUCUUAGCAAAGCCUUUCCCAUGUUUUAAGUGUUCUGUGACUCUUUGUUGAACUUGAAAGAAACAAAAACAAGUGCUCCUUCUAAAGUUCCCGGCGUUCUGACUUUGGAAACCAAACCAUUCAGAUCCAGUGUUGUGCCCAAGCCUCCUUGACCAUUAUUGUUGUUGUUGUUGUUGCAAAAUAGGGACCAAUGGAUGCCACGUCGCUCUGUAGAGUUCGUUUUUUUAAACUUGCCAAAACCCAAAGUAGCUUUUUUCCCUCUGUAUUUGCUACUUUGCAGUAUUUGUGUGUGUGUAUUUUUCCUUAAUUUGAAAGGGACAGCACUGUGUAUGUUUAUAAAAUGAAGAUAAAAUAUUAUUUUAUAUAAACAUUCAUCUUAGAACAAUCAGAGCAGUAGCCACAUUGUGCUGCCUCAUCUGUGGCAUGAAGGGAGUCAGGGGAACGACGUGGCCAAAGGAAGCCUUGAACAAUCCCCAGGGCGCCGCUGCCCUGCCCUCCUGCCCUCCCCCCUUGGGGUUUUGGCUGCCUCUUCUCAUUGCCCUUAGUGUGAAGCCAGGCACCCUGUCUCCCCUUCUCCUGCUCCCUCCUUCUCUAGAUGGUGGGCAGUCACAUCAUCAUGCAGUCGAAAUUGCCCUUCAGUCAUCACGGGCUUCCUUCCGGCUCUCAGGAGGCAGCUCUGUCUAGACUGGCAUGGGUGCUGGCGUCUUGGCCAUUUCUUACUUGAAGCAUCAUGUUUUCAGGUUCGGGCUAGUGCCUGGCAGGCAUGGAUGCCCUAGGACAAGGAAGUGGGCAUGUAGUGACUUUCUCUGGGCUGCCUGCCCGGCGCUUGGGUACCAACCACAGGAAACUCAGAAGGGGAACGAGCAUGUAUCCUGCAGUCUUGCCUUUUCUAUUACGUUUUCCAGUCUUGCUCUGAUGCCAUGCCAGAGGAAAAAAAUAUUCUCUUUCCACUAACAAAGCGCCCUUCCCUUUGCUAAGUCCACACAUACAAAAUUACUGUACUCAGGGCCCCCCCUCCCCUGCAUUUUGUUCUCCCUCCCUCCCCUUUUCCAACAUACUUCCCAUUAAGCUUCUGAGACUCGUGGACAGAAAUUGCCCGGUGCAUGUUGAAGCGAGUGGUCUGUGGCAGACACAGUGAUAACGUUCCUAGAGUCCGAUUGGGCCCCUCAUCCCCUGCCCAGGGCUGCCCCUUCAGGCCCCACAGCCCCGCCUGUGCUGGCACGCUCAGCCUUUCCCAGGGGCAAGCGCCAGGCUCACGGAGCCUCUGUUGGUCUCUCUCUGGACUGUGUCGACGAAGACUUCUGGGGAAGGACUGAGUGUCUUGGUGUGGAUGUGGAAGGUGUGAUGGUGGAAUGGGGAAGGGAGUUUCCGUGGCCGUUAGGAGAGGAGAGGCGCGUGGGCACCGGCCCGCCGGCCUCGUGGCUCUGCCUUGGGAUCUGGAGAGCGGACGGCUGGCCCCAGAGGGGAGAGCAUCCAGAUGUCGCUGGUGCACAGGUGGAUGAGGAGCUGGGUAAGAGGCAGUCAGUGACCAGUGAGCCGGGUGCAGAGGUGCUGUGCCGAGCCACACAGUCUCCCAAGACCCUUCCGUUGGCCGCUGGGGACCCAGAAGAGAAGCAGAGCAGAGCCGACGGCUCGUGGUGGCAGGAUGCUAGGGGGAGUGCGGUUCCGAGGCGGGAAGAGGGCAAGGAAAGUGCUUUUGAUUUGUGUGUCGCUUGUGUCUUAUUUAAGUGAAUGAAUGCCUAACUAGGCACGAAGAGUCAGUGCCUGAAGCUGAGGGGGUGGGGGUGGCCUGGUGGUUGUUGUUUUUUUUAAGCCGUGAUACCCCAGAGGAGAACCAGUGAAUUAUUACAAGAUCGGCUCUUAUAGAGCGGCCAUAGUAUUCUGUCAAAAUAUUUGCUUCCAUUUUCAACGAUAAAAUCAUUGAUUACAAAA